GUCUUCAUCCUCAGCCAGGACAGGUUCUACAAGGUGCUGACCGCCGAGCAGAAGGCCAAGGCGCUGAAGGGGCAGUACAACUUCGACCACCCGGAUGCUUUUGAUAACGAUUUGAUGCGUGCAACCCUGAAGAGUAUUGUUGAGGGCAAAACAGUUGAAGUACCAACAUACGACUUUGUGACACAUUCUAGACUGGCAGAGACGACGAUGGUCUAUCCCGCUGAUGUUGUCCUCCUUGAGGGGAUCCUGGUUUUCUACAGUCAGGACAUUCGGGACAUGUUCCAUCUCCGUCUCUUUGUUGACACUGAUUCCGAUGUCCGUCUGUCCCGCAGAGUUCUGCGGGAUAUGAAACGUGGGAGAGACCUUGAGCAGAUCCUCAACCAGUACACCACUUUCGUCAAGCCUGCCUUUGAGGAGUUCUGCUUACCGACAAAGAAGUAUGCAGAUGUGAUCAUUCCCCGAGGAGUCGACAACAUGGUUGCUAUAAACCUCAUAGUGCAGCACAUUCAAGACAUCCUCAACGGAGACAUCUGCAAGUGGCAGCGAGGGGCAAUGAAUGGACACGGUCGGGCCUGCAAGCGCCCAUUCCCUGAACAGACAGAGAACAGCAGCGUGCUAGCGGCCAGCAAACGCUCCCACCUAGAGUCCAGCAGCCGGCCGCACUAA